AUGAUGUGUUUAACGUGUCCUCCCUCCAUCCCAGCAGCUAGAGACCCUGACCCGCCGUCCAGCUCAGAGCCGAGGACCAGAGCGGACUUCCUCCAGUACUACAACGACCUCUCUCUGGACCUGAACACCGCCAACUCCUAUCUGUGCAUCACCGACGGCCGGCGAGGCGUGACGACGCGCUCCGAGCCGCAGCCCUACCCGGACCACCCGGACCGCUUCACCAGCUGGGCUCAGGUGCUGUGCAGGGCCGGCAUGGCGGGUCGCUGCUACUGGGAGGUGGAGUGGACCGGGAACGGAGGCGUCUCCAUCGGCGUCUGCUACAAGAGCAUGAGCAGGACCGGAGGAGGCAGCGACUGCAAGCUGGGUCACAACGCCCGGUCCUGGAGUCUGGACUGCUCCCCCACCGCCUGCUCCUUUCAGCACAAUAAAGAGAGCGUGGCCGUCGGCGCCGCCUGCAGCAGCAGAGUCGGGGUGUAUCUGGACUUCAGAGGGGGAACGCUGUGCUUCUACAGCGUCUCUGACUCCAUGGUGCUGCUGCAUAAAGCCAAGACUACGUUUGCCCAGCCGCUGUACCCGGGGUUCUGGGUGGGGCUGGGCUCCACCCUCAAGCUGUGCUCACUGUAAACGGACCGUAAACGUUAAGA